AUGCCUACUCUCUCACUCUCAACAUUGGUGGCACUCUCCUCCGUGGCAUCAGCAUGGCCACACUUUGGUCCCCCAGGACCUCCCCUCCAUUCCGGUAGCCCCCCACCUCCACCUCCGCCCCCCGGCUCCAAGCCCUCUUCCUGGGGCCUCAAGAAAUUCACCAGCCUGGUCGCUUUCGGAGACAGCUACACCGACGACUCCCGCCUCUCCUACUUUGGCUCUCACAACGGCAGUGCUCCCCCCGUCGGCUGGGAGAACCCUGCAAACUACCAUUCCGCAGAUGGCGGUCGUCCCUGGCCCCAAUAUGUUGCUCAGUACUCUGGGGCCAAGGUGUACAAUUAUGCUGUUUCCGGAGCGGUGUGCAGUAAUGAUAUCACUCCCCGCACAUUUGCGAGUAUCAAUGCCGAUUUUCCUGAUAUCCAGGGUUAUGAGGUUCCUGCGUAUCUGGCGGACAGCAAGUAUGUGUAUCCCAAUGGCACUAAGGCUUUGAACGUCCCUGUAGACUCGACUGUCUAUUCCAUCUUCAUCGGCACCAACGACCUCGGCAACUAUGCAUUCAUCGAUGAUAGCCAAGUCGCUGGCAAAGUCAUCCCCGACUACAUUGACUGCGUCUACUCCCAAUUUUCGCGUCUCUAUGACUCUGGAGCCAGAUACUUUGUGCUCCAAAACGUUUCUCCCUUGCAACUGAGCCCUCAAUACGGCUUACCCAGUAAAGGUGGUUUGAAUGCAACUCAAUACUGGCCAGAGAAGAUCACCAAGAACACCACAGAGGUCUCGGGAAGAAUGCUCGAGACCGUCACUACCGUCAAUGAUGUAUUCAAGUACAGAACUCCUUACGAGGUGCUGCUUGCAAACAAGUAUCCUGGUGCUCAUUUUGCGUUGAUGGAUAUGUAUGGAUUGAUCACCGACAUGUACAACAAUCCCUCUGAGUACUUGAACGGCACCAACCCUACUGUGACUGGCUACGUCAAUCACUGCACUACAAAUGGCACUGAUUGUGUUGCUGCUACCAACCCAGACUCGUACCUUUGGUAUGAUCCGCUGCACCCUAGCGAGCAGGCUGACCGUGGCUUUGCGAGAGCGUUCAUCGAUGUGGUGAACGGAAACAGCAGGUGGGCUACUUAUUACUCUGCUUGA